AUGUAUGAAAGAUUAGAUCCGGUGAAGCAGGGUGUUUCUGAUGUCUUUUUUGCAGGAUUAAACACGUUUUUCAAUUGUGCACAAAAGGAGUCUUCUUAUAUUGAGAAAGGAACUAUGUUGUGUCCUUGUACUCAAUGUAAAAAUAGGAAGCGUCUUGAUGCAAACACGGUGGGAAAUCACUUAUAUACGAGAGGCUUCACGGAGAACUACUAUUUCUGGUCGUCACACGGAGAAACUGUUGGCGGUGAAACUUCAACGAGUGUCGUUCAAACGGAAGAUGCAAAUCAGUUUACAAAUUAUGAAGAUAUUGGGCAUCACGAAGGUGGUCAUCACGAAGGUGACAGUUAUACGUAUGUACACAUGGUACAAGAUGCUUUUCCGGAAAUGCAGCCUGAGUUUCAUGCAGCUCAAGAAGAACCAACUGGUGAUUCGAACCAUUUUUUUCAAAUGUUGGCGGCUGCAAAAGAACCAAUAUACGAGGGAUGUGAAGAAGGAUUGUCUAUGUUAUCUUUAUCAGCUCGUCUUAUGCAUAUUAAGACAGAGCAUAACCUUUCUGAAGUUUGUGUGGAUGCAAUAUCACAGACGUUCAAAGAGUAUCUACCACAUGGUAAUAAAGCAUCGAAAUCUUACUAUGACACAAAGAAGAUGGCGAAAGCAUUGGGGAUGCCAUUUUACAUGAUUGAUGUAUGUGAAGAUUAUUGCAUGCUUUUUUGGAAGGGUUCAGAUAAAGAACUAACGACAUGUCGUUUUUGCGGAAAAGAUCGGUAUCAUCCUAGAGAAGGUCCUGGGAAGAAAAUUCCAAAACAGAAGAUGUUUUACCUCCCUAUCGCUAAUCGAUUAAAGCGAUUGUACCAAUAA